AAUGGAUGCAUUUCUUAUUACGUCACCAAGUAGUGUCAAUUAGUAUUUAAAUUUUUAUCUAUUAUUGCACAAUACGUUCACAAAGUGUAUCGGGUUAACACUGGUUAUCAAAUAUUACUAAAUAAAUAAAUGAUGACAUAUUAGUCACUUAUACUUAAACUUUGUACACAAAAUACAAAAGAUCGUCCGAUAUACCUGGAAUUAAUGAUUUCGUAGAUAAAAAUCUAUAUAAAAUGAAGAUUAAAACGGUGUUUUCAAGGUUAUUACAACCAUUGACGAUAGCGACACGAAACAUGACCCACACAAGCAGCACAGGUUCUAAAAAUUUUUUAUUUCGGCAGUUGUUUGACAACACGAGUUGUACGUACACGUAUCUGCUAGGCGAUGCUGAUAAUAAAGAGUGCAUACUUAUCGAUCCAGUGGUUGAGCACGCGAAGCGGGAUUUUCAAUUGGUGAAAGACUUGAAUUUGAAUCUGAUUUAUGCAGUCAAUACUCAUAUGCAUGCCGAUCAUAUAACCGGAUCAGGAUAUCUAAAAUCCCUGGCAGGAUGUAAAAGCAUCAUUUCCAGGAACAGCGGAGCGCAGGCGGACAUAUUCGUUGACGAGGGCGAUUUUAUUAGAUUCGGAGAUCAUAAACUGAAAGUUUUCAGCACUCCCGGACACACGAAUGGCUGUUGUUCGUUUUACUGUCAAGAACAGGAAAUAGUCUUCACUGGUGACGCUCUCUUAAUCCGCGGUUGUGGCAGGACUGAUUUUCAAGAGGGCGACGCUGCCACCCUCUACCACAGUGUAAACGAUAAGAUAUUUACAUUACCAGACUCGACAAUCGUGUAUCCAGCACACGAUUAUCAUGGAAUAAUGGCCACUUCGGUGGGGGAGGAAAAACGGCUCAAUCCCAGAUUGUCGAAAAGCCUGAAAGAAUUCGUUGAUAUUAUGAAUAACUUAAAUUUAAGUUACCCCAAACAAAUUGCCCAAAAAGUAAUCCCCAAACCGAACACGAUGUUGGCAAUAAUGAUCCUCUUUGUCAAACGAACAUUCAGUGCAAUAAUUCAGGAGGUCGCCAAAUGGAAAAACGAGUAAAAAAAAAGGCCUGAAAGCAUCGAAGCUCGAAGCACCUGUUACCGUUUACAUCUAGAAGCAGAAUGCUCGUGCUCGACAAUUGAUUUAACGGAAAAAGAUUGCCUCUGGUGCUACCAGCAAGCAUUGGGUUAUAUUUUAAAAAUACGAGGAUUGUUUAGUAACUACAUGGAC